AAAAAAAUAAACAAAAAAUUUUAACCUUCAAGUAGCCAUUUUCAAUAUUUUCGUAAUCAAUUUAUAAUGGUUAAAAGAAGAUAUCAAAAAAAACAUAUUACAACAUCUAGUGAUGAAAGCGAUACCGAUGAAUUUUACGAGGAAGAACCAGAUGAAGUAUCUAAACCAAAAAAGUAUAGCCUGAGACAAAGGAAGGAAGCUAAUUUUGCUGAAGACUUUGAUUAUGAUGCGUUGGAAGAAAAUGAUACCAAUGUCCUUACCGGUACAGAGGUGUUGCGUUCUGAUGAUGAAGACUUUGAAUUGGGAAAAGCACAAAAACAAGAAAGUUCAGAUAUCGUAACGAAGAAUUCUUCGAAACCAAAAAUUACUGCCAAGGUAAACCAAGUGAGUGCCACCAACUGUAUUAUCACUAAAUGCAAGGACAGAGAACUGGAACCAGAUAUUCCGAAAAAUAAACAAAGCUGUGAAAACAUGAUCGACUUUGAAGAUAUCAUAAGAGCUGAUGUUCUUGUGAAUAAAAGUAAAAUUGAUUAUGAUAGUAUUAUAGAAAAAACAGAGAUAAAAAUUGAAAAAAAACCUGAAGUCAUUGAGAAUGAGAAGAAUAACGAGAAGUCUAUUAAAUUAAGAAAAAAUGGAGAACCGGCAAAAAAAAGGGGACGGAGGUCAAAAAAAAUAUUCUCAGAAGACUCCUACAGAGAUGACUAUGAAAGCCAAACAUUUGAAGAAACUGAAUCUACAGGAUUGCCCAUAAAUACUGUUCUUGGAGUUACAGAGUCAUUAUAUGAGUUAGCUGAAAGGUACCAUUUGCAAGGGGGCAUCAUUGAACCCUUGCCAAUGGAACCCAUAUUGCAUGAAGAUGUUCCUGCUGAACAUUCAAAAACUGCAUUCCUUGGGGAUGAUCAUGAUGUUUCUCUACAACAGGUAGAUCCUGCAUCAGGAGUGAUAGAGAUAUACUAAUUAUUGAAUUUGAUUAAUAAUAUAGCUUUAAGAGCAUUUUUCAUUAUGAGUUCAUUACAAGAACGUAAGUUUUCAUAAUUUGUGAUAAUGGUUCCCAAAUAAUGUGUAUAAUUUAUUUAGAAUUCCUAGAUUUCUAUAUCAGUUGAAAUUUUAUUAUGUUGAAUUAUACGUUUCAAUUAUUGAAUUGUAAAGAGAACUUCACAUUUGAAUUGGAUUUUAUGAAAUUAUCUGAAAUAUAACGUUAUUUUUUA